CGCAUUGAUCGACAAAACAGCAACUAUUGAAUAUACAUAUAAAAAAUAAGAAAAAAAAACAACGCAAAAGUUUACAAAAAACAACAAAUAAGCGUAAAAACAUAACAAAAACAUCAAGUUUUCACAAAUUUUGCAAUUUUGAAAUUUUGUAAUUUUUGAAGAAAGUGUUGCAGUUGCAGUGGCAGUGUGCAACGAAAGUGUAGAUACAAGCAAGGAAGCAAGCAAAAGCAUUCAGCGUGUGUGCCCCCAAUGAAAAUUUAUGGAACUGUGUUAAGUGUGCACUAAAUAGUAAUAUGUGUACUGCUAUUUGUUGUAUAUAAGUAAAAUAUAUAUAUAUAUACAUACAUAUAUAAGUAAAUGUGUGUGUGUAUUGUAUGUGCACAUAUAUAGAUUUUUUUGUUGUUGUUCCACAUAUAAGUUUAAUAACACUGUUUUGGAUUAACGUAUUGCAAUUGCUACUUCAUGCGACAGUUUCCUAGAAUGCUGAUGUUGCAGUACAGCAAGCAUGGAGAGUGUAUACUCAAAGAAAUUGGAGCCGCAUUCCGUGGAGAACACCCAGCCGAUCUGACAAUAGUUUGUGAAAACAGAGUUAAACUCCAUGCACAUAAACUCGUAUUGGCUGCUGCAAGCCCACUCAUAAGAACCCUAUUGGAGGACACACAACUAUCCGACUGCGCGACCACAGUUUAUUUCCCAGAUGUGAAUGCUACAUAUUUUAAAUUCCUGCUGGAUUUUCUAUAUUCCGGACAGACGUGCAUAACAUCGCGCGAUGUUAAUUAUUUACAUGAUCUAUUGUUGUUGUUGCAAAUUAAAUCCGACAAUUGGAAGACUACGGAUUCAGCAAUUCUAAGCAGUAAAUGUAGUAAUUUGCGUGAACGUUUGAAUAGCGACUCCAAUGGCAAUGGCGGCAAUAAUGGCAAACAACACAUGUAUUGUUCAACUAAGCUAGAGCAUUCCUAUAGCCCCGAAUUAGAUGGUAGUGAUGAUAUAAAAAAAUGCUCGGAUGGUUCCAAGGAUUCCGAUACCAUAAAGGAAGAUCCGGGUAGCCCUAAGUGUUCAUUAGAUGAUAAUAUAAAUAAAGAUUUAAAGGAGGUUAGCAGCCCCUCGACCAGUGAGCAAGAUGCAUUCACCGAUGCCCCGCUCAAUGCAACAAAUAAGAAUAUACCACCUUCAUUAAAUCCGGUAAAUUUAUCAUUGGGUUUACGAAGUAAACAUGAGAGUAGUACAAGAAAAUUAUCAUAUACGGACAAAAACAUUUUCAAUACGGAUAGUUCAUCGUUUAACGGCACCGAAAGUAUAAAACGUAAAGGAUUCUUCUUCGAUUCAGAGAAAGAUGUUGCCAAAUCGCUACAAGAUCCAGAUUUGAAUAAUUCACCUGAAAAUUAUGUUGUAACACCACAUCGAAAACGAAGACCCGGCUUUCAUCAUUCCUCCAGUCAUAAUCAACCGUUUGCAUCGUCGUAUCAGCACACAUUAAUCGAUGAGUUUCGUUCGGCGAAAACAGCAUCAUCGCCAAUAUCAUCGUACAUGUCCGAACGGAAAUUGUUAUCACCACUCGAGGAAGGACUACUAGGCAGCGCUGAGGUAUUGCCGAAAAAUCGUAAAUCCAUUGAAAAUCAAAGACCCCGACCACAAAGCCCCGACGCCGCACUGCACAUCUCACCACAAUUCCCAUACCAAUGGCAAACGACACAGAAUCCUGCCAUAACCAACUUCUCCAAUCUACAAUCCGGUCUCGGUAGCAUACCACAGAUAGGCGUCGGCGGUGGCGGUGGUGGUGGCGUCGCUGGAGGCGGCGGCAGUGCUGUUGAUGCUGGCAACCGUGAUACACCAGGAAGUGUUCGAGAUCCCCCAAACAAUAAUUCGAAUAUAUGCGGCACACAUAAUACGGCACGCGAAUAUCGUUGCGAAUACUGUGGCAAACAAUUUGGUAUGUCAUGGAAUUUGAAGACACAUUUACGCGUACACACGGGCGAAAAGCCAUUCGCUUGCCGCCUAUGUGUUGCUAUGUUCAAGCAAAAGGCCCAUCUAUUGAAACAUUUGUGUUCGGUACAUCGAAAUGUCAUAACGACGACAAAUGGUGCUGAGACCGAGAAUCGAUUCAGUUGCUGUUUUUGUUCUAUGUAUUUCGAAUCAGUACAAGAGUUAGUGAGGCAUUUAUCGGGACACCAUAAUAAUUUGCUGCUAACGAAAAAUCUACGCGAAUAAAGAAUGCAAGCAAAGCUUAAAUUAUUUUUAAUAAAUUUACAUGCAUACAUACAUAGCUACAUACAUACAAAAAUUAUUACAUAAAAACACACGCAUACACACACACACAAACAUAUACAUA